AUGGACCGUCUCCGGCAAUACUUCCGGCGACAUCGUCGCAGCAUCGGCAUCUCGGCCUCGCCUCGUCCAGCAUCGCCGUCGCCGAGUCACAGGAAGAAGUCGUCCACCAAUCAACCCCAACGGCUCUAUCUGAUCUCGAGCACGUCCGACUUCGAUCCCAAUAUCAUCCGCCGCUUCCGGGCGGAGGGCUUCGACGUCGAGUAUCUCCCUUUCCUCCUGACCAACACGGACGACCCCGAGCGACAGCGCCGUGAACUAGAGAAUCUGCUGGAAGAGCGCGAGGAUGACCUCGAACCGGGCGAGCGCUAUGCGGUAGUCGCAUACCACCGACCGGCGGACCUGCUGCUGGCCUCGCAUCAUCUGUCAACCACCGCCACCAAUCCUUUCCCUCGACUGUGUGCCCUGGUCACCUUCUACCCCGAGGCGCCCGGCAGCGCACCGCAUCCAGAACUCGACAGCAACCUCAUUCCGCAAUCCACCACCACCGCCAUCACCCACUCCUGCUACGCCUCGGUACCACUGCUCCCCAUCCAGAUCCACCUCGCUGGCCACCAGCCCGCCGCACUGCGCGACGAAUACUACCGACACCCCACCAAGAAACGCCACCGCUGCCACCUCUUCUUCUACCCGGACUCGACCCCGGGGUUCGCCGAGCCGUCGUCCAUGGCCUACGACGGCAUCAGCGCGCGACUCGCCUGGGGUCGCACUCUGGAUUGUCUGAAGCGAGGCUUCGGCUGGCCCGGUCGCUCCUGGACCAUCUCGGAGCCCGAGUCCAUCUGGGAGGAGUACUGGCGGAAUCUAUUCUACGACCACCAGAACGACGACGAUGCCGAGACGCAUGCCUCGCAGGCAUUACGUCUGAUGGCCACCGGCGCUGACGCAGGCCUAGCUUUACGUCCUGACCAAAACAAUGACAACGCAACGGCAGAACUACAUCAAACAGCAUCCGUGAACUGCGUACCAACAAUGAUUGGCGGCACGACCCCGUCUACAAUCCUCACCUUCUACACGAGACAGUUCUUCCCAUCGGGCCCUCCCUCGCAGACUCUCCGACUUCUCUCCCGCACAGUCGGAUCCAACCGCAUCGUCGACGAGCUCCUCCUCUGUUUCACCCACACCGAGGAAAUCCCCUGGUUACUUCCCGGGGUGCCGCCCACCGAUCGUCCCGUGCGCAUCCUCCUCGUCAUGACCGUCUCGUUCGCCGCGGGGAAGAUCACCCGGCAUAAUAUCUAUUGGGAUCAAGCUAGCGUGCUGGUGCAGAUCGGUCUGUUGGAUCCCGCUCUGGUGCCGGCUGGGUUCCGUGCUACUGGUCCUAAUCGGCAGGGGAAGGAGACAGUGGAGAGGAUUCCUGUGGUUGGGGGGGAGGGAGUGGAACGGGUGUUGAGUUGA